GAAAUCUUUUCGGUGGAAAAUAGUGAAAGUUCUUGAAGAGAAACACUAGCUUUCGAGUGGAUUUACAAAUAUUCAUAUCGAAUAGCUAGACCUUAUGUGAAAACAAUUUCGCUUCAAGGUGAAUCACGUAGUUCUGAUGUGGCUACGCGUCUCAACAAUCGCCGCCAUAUGUGUUUUCAUAGACAUCACAGAUGGUGCAGCUUUAGAAAAUGAUCUUGAAGCCGUUUUUAGGCAAAGAACUCAUUCUGACUGGACAAAUGCUUGGCAUCAAGAGAAAUUUUCUAGAUGUAGAGACACUCUUGUAAAGCAUCUGUAUUGGGCUUGUGAAAAAGAUAUCUACAGGAUAACAAGAAGGAGAGAUCCUAGUUUGAACAUUAUAGAACGUAAUGAAUAUGAAAUGAAAUUCCCAUGGCAUACGAGGACCGAAGCCUACAAAAUCCUACGUUUCCGAAGAAAUGUACGCCGAAGAUCUGGUUCAUCUAUAACGCACGAAUGUUGUAAAUCAACUGGUUGCACUUGGGAAGAAUAUGCUGAAUAUUGUCCCACCAAUAAACGAUACACAACAUACGUAAGAAAGUAA